GACCCUGACUUGGGUGAAGUCCUUGAUAAUGAGGAACCAAAAUCCUGGUUUCCUUCCAGAGACCUCAAAAACUUACCUACUGAAAUCUAUUCAGACUGUACACUCUCUAGAUCUGAAAGACAGAAAAUACUACAUGUCCUACACCCUAUUAACAACAUUGAAAAGGUCUUAUUUGAAUCAAAACCAUCUGAUGGAAAUCAGGAAGCCCUACAGGAAGAAUUUGUACUUAAAGCACUGUCUUCUAUUUAUGUCCUAACAAAAGACAGGAAAGGUGUGUUUGGUGACAAGUUUAAAGAUUUGGUCGAAGAAGAAAAUACCAAAUCAAAAUUAUAUAAUGAUGCUAAUAGAAAAAAGCGUAGAUUUUAUUUAUCUAAUCAAACAAACCAACAAUCUUAUACUUAUGCAACAAAAAGGUUUAUCUCUCAAAUAACUCUAAACGCCAAGAAUGGAAUAGAUUUAGAGAAACAAAUAAGGUGGGCAAAAUUAAACCUAACAAGGGAAACUUCCAACUGGACAAACAGCAUGGCAGUCAUCCAUAAUACUAUGCCCAAUACCUGGUCGAUUAAAAUACUUCAAACAGAGUUGGUUACAGAAGUUCGGAAACUCAUAGCCAACAUCUAUUGUAAAAAAUGGUUACUCACAGAAUGGAACCAAAAACCCCCUUUAAGAUUUCAUUCUAUAAAGAACAAUUUUAUAAACAAUGUAGAUAUAAAAUUAGCAAAAAAGGAAAUCUCAGUUCUUUUACAAACACAAGCAAUACAACUGUUUCCCAAGCAACUCCCUUGCUACAUCUCCAAUGUUCUUAUGGUCAACAAGAAGGAUAGGAAAAAGCGAGUAGUCUUGGAUUUACAAUCCUUAUACACUUUUAUAAGGCACACACAUUUCAAAAUGGAAUCAAUAGCUAUAGUAAAAAGUUUAAUCAGAAGAAACGACUACAUGGCAUCAAUCGACAUAAAAGAUGCCUUUUUUCACAUACCCUUACAUCUUACUGCUCAAAAUUCUACAACCCAUAAUAAAGAUGCUGAGACAAUCAGGAAUAUGCAUUGUAACAUAACUGGACGACUUGCUAAUAAUGGCGAACAGGAAAGAAAACUUGAAACAACACCUCAGGACUGUACCAAAACUUUUGACCAAGUUAGGCUUCAUCAUAAACACACAAAAGAGCCAAUUGAUACCUAUUCAUUCCUUAGAAUACUUGGGAUUCAAAAUAAACUCAAGGAAUAUAACCAUCAUUCUUCCAAAAAAAAAAACAAACCAGUUAAAACAGGAGUGCAAACUAGUUUCAAUGAUGCUUAA